AUGGCCUCGUCCUUCCUACAGCUCGUCUUUGUUGCUCGCUUUUCAAAGUUGAUUGCUACGUCCCCGGCUGAGGCGGGGAGAGGCACGUCUUCAGAACAAAGUUGUGGGGAGUGUGUUGGGGUACCGCUGCAGGGCAAUCUGACGACGGCUAGGGGUACGGAUGGUAAGACUGGAAGUGGCAUGUAUUCGAUAAAUAACAAAUGCGAAGUCGCCUCGCCAAGGGUAGAAGAAUUAUUGGCGACAUUCAGGAAGGACGGUACUGCUCAAAGGGUGUGGGAAUACUUUGCUGCUGACUUUAAGAGGAUUACGGGGAUUCAUGAUUUUGCCGUGUCUAGUCCGAAUGAUGUUCUUUCCAAUGACUUUUUAAACUGGAACAUUGAUCAAUUCCAUGUAAAUAUCCUGGAACCAGUAUCUGUAGACACGGAAUAUAUCCUCGCAUGGGCAGACUUCAUCUUUCAAGCCGCCGCAGGCACCGACUCCGCCGCCCCAAUAAUAAAACCGGCAAUAAAAGCAUCGGAUGAUCGACCGAAACAAAAAAAGGAGUUUCCGCAUCGACAUUGCGACUCAACUCGAUGUCAGACGAUUAACGACAAGGCCAUGGCGGGUGUGUUGGAAAUAUAUCUCUCCCGUCUUCACGACUUCUGGAUGGAACAUGGGAUCGAUACGGAGACACUCAAAACCGGUUCUGUUGGUGCAAUCGUGUCUUUCCUAGCGCUGUAUGCGGGAUACUUGUACAUCAUCAGUCUGACCGAAGCGCCUGUUACGUUCAACGUGCCGCUGCCAGAAGAGCUUCGAGCGGAUUGGAAUAGGACGAAAUGGGAUGAUUUGAAGGGGAAAGCCAGAAGGAUACUUGAGGAUCAGGUUCAGGGCAAAUGGAAUACGGAGCGCAUCGUGAGCUAUUGCCCGGCCGAUGGACGGAUAUUAUCUACAAGUAUACCCCUUGCGACGCGCGAAUCGGUCGACAAGGCCGUUCAAGACGCGAAGCGAGCACAGGUUGAAUGGGCGCAAACCACAUUCGCGCAGCGAAGGAGACUACUCAAGACUUUACUCAAGUACGUCCUCGACCACCAAGACGACAUUGUAACAGCCUGCUGCCUCGAUUCCGGCAAGACCAAAGUCGACGCCUCCUUCGGCGAGAUCUUGGUAACAGCCGAAAAACUCAAAUGGACAAUCGAUCACGGCGAGAAGGCACUUACACCGCAAAAUCGACCAACGAAUUUCCUCAUGAUGUAUAAAAAGAAUACUGUUCGAUAUGAACCGCUUGGUGUGGUUUCGGCGUGUGUUUCGUGGAAUUAUCCAUUCCAUAAUUUGAUUUCACCUGUGAUUAGCGCGUUGUUUGCCGGGAACGCGAUUGUGGUGAAACCAUCGGAACAAACGGCAUGGUGUUCUUCUUUCUUCGUUGAUGUUAUCAGAGCAGCCUUGGUGAGCUGUGGUCAUUCACCGGAUCUUGUGCAGUUGGUAGUGUGUCUACCACAGGUCGCAGAUUCAUUGACUUCACAUGAGGAUGUUUCGCAGUUGACGUUUAUCGGGUCCAGGCCUGUGGCACAUAAAGUGUGCGAGUCGGCGGCUAAGUCGUUGAUUCCGGUUACGGUGGAACUUGGAGGGAAGGAUCCGUUUGUUGUACUGGAUGAUUCCACUACUGUUCGUGGGUUGGAGUCUAUUGCAUCCAUCCUCAUGCGCGGUGUGUUUCAGUCUGCGGGUCAAAAUUGUAUCGGCGUCGAACGCGUGAUUGCUUUACCCGGCACUUACGAUAAACUCAUUGACAUUGUGACACCGCGCGUCAAAGCGUUGACUCUGGGCUCGAUUCUGCUAGACUCCAAAGACGAAUCUAGCCCGUUUACACCAGAUGUUGGAGCAAUGAUUUCCCCUGCCGGUUUCGCUAGACUUGAGACUUUGAUUGCAGAAGCCGUGGAUCAAGGUGCCCGACUCAUUCACGGCGGGAAACGAUACAACCACCCCAAGCAUUCGCGCGGACAUUACUUUACACCUACAUUACUAGUCGACGUCACACCCUCCAUGCGCAUCGCACAAGUCGAACUCUUCGCACCUGUUAUGGUAAUCAUGCGCGCUUCAUCUGUAUCCGACGCAAUCGAAAUUGCCAACUCCACUCCAUACGCCUUGGGUGCCAGUGUCUUUGGCCAUAAUUCUAGAGACGUCGAAACCUGCAUCCGCAACAUCAAAGCCGGAAUGGUUGCCGUGAACGACUUUGGCGCAUUUUACGCUGUUCAGCUACCAUUCGGUGGUGUCAAAGGGUCGGGCUACGGACGGUUUGCGGGCGAGGAAGGAUUGAGAGGGGUGAGUAAUUUGAAAGCUGUCUGUGUUGAUCGGUUUCCCAAGAUUGUUGGCACGCAGAUCCCACCUAGGGUUGAUUAUCCGAUAUAUAAAGGGGAAGGUGCGAAAAGGAAUGGGACAGGGGCAUGGGAGAUGUGUAAGGGUGUUGUUGAGACGGGGUACGCGUUGGAUAUUGUUGGGAGAGUGAGGGGGAUACUCAGAAUAUUGACUAAUUCAUAA